AUGGCCCGGUAUGGGAGCGACGCCGCCACUGAGGCCAGCCGCCUCCUCCAUACCCUGAGCCUGCACUCCUCCGAGGCCGCCCACCCCUGCCCUGGCCUGGCUGGCGAGGCCUCGUCCGCGGGCCUGGCCAGCUCGCGGGAGGCGUCCAACACCCACCAGGACGGGGCAGGCUAUGGCCGCAUCCUGCCGCGUGUAGCAGUGGCCGGGGGGAACGGCGCAGGCGUGGGCGGUGGCGCAGACGCGGCGGGAUCGGCGCCGCCCGCCCCUCGAGUCGGCGCCAUCGAGAGUCUUAUCACACCCGGGUCGGACGGCGCGUCAUACGCAGUGCCUCAGGUGUACGAGGUGCUGGACUCCCGCCGGGUGAUCGCUGCGUCCAAGUUCGCCACGCCCAAACAGCCUGAUGCUGUGGUGGUUAGCAGCAGCAGCAACAGCAGUAGUGCUCCCACUCAGGCGGUGAACGGGGGCGUACCCUCCACGGGCCUGGUGACAGGAGCCACCUCGACCCCCGCCACUGUCGGAUACGCCCACAUCAAAUCCACCACAGCAGUCAGCAACAAGGGCAGCAGCAGUCACCUCAUCAACGGAGGCAGCAGUGGUGUGCCUCGUCCUGUCAAUGGCCAGGCCCUGUACUCAGGCCACGUGAGGUACGAGCCGCCGCCUGUGUAUACCCGCAGCACCCUAGGCAGUUCUGCCCAUUCCAGUCCCCGCUCCAGCCUCAGCGGUGGAAGUCAUGAUUCUCUUAACUCCGGCCAGAACUCAAGAAGCAUUCCACAGUGUUUGACGCAACAUUCCAGUGACUAUGUUGUGAAGCCCAGUUUUGUGGGGCAGCUGCAUACUUAUGAGAAUAUAAGCUCUUACCAGCAGUACGGGCCAACGGGUAGCUUGGCAGCAACAGUCAUUGAGAACAAGUACGCCAGCCCUAGGUCCAGCAUCAGUUCUCAAGACUCCAAACAUUCCAGUCCAAGGAGCAGUUUUGUACAUUCCUUGCAAGGUUCUAGUCUAGACCGAACAAGUUUAGCCAGUCAAACUAUUUUAGAGGAAGGCUGUUCCCCACGGCCCACCCUCGGAAACAGGCACUUGCCUCCUCGUAUUGAACAGGACCUAGAGGGCAAGCAGUUUGUGAUCCCCAGAAACAAUGCCUAUGUUCAGGAAAAUGCACGCCACAGUUCGCAGUGGAGUGUAACCGGUGACUCUGUGAGGCACAGAGGGAUUUAUUACGACGGCCUCCCACCACCUCCAGCACCACCCCAUUCCUUAGGACUUACCCGCCCCACCCACACCCCUGUAGCAUCCCCCAGCCCCACUGCCCUCCCUCCACCCCCACCCUACCCAGGGAAGCCCCCAAGCCUUGCCUCAGAGACGGUCGAUUCCUCUCGUGUGACCUCCGUUGCUUUUCCUCUGGUGACCUCUAACCAUAACUAUGCUAACAUUGAUGUGCUGAAGAGUGUGUCAGGGGCAGAUCCUCCCCCUCCUCCCCCGUACCCUUCCUCAGUGGUGCGACAGUUCCAGAACCUGAGUCUAGGGAACACCCAUUCACCCCUCGGCUCCCAUUCCCCCGCAUCAUCCACUCCGUCCACUCCCUCCACCCCCUCCACCCCUCAGAGUCUGCUGAGGGCAGGGGGUGUGGUGCCCCCUCCACCUCCGCCUUACUCCUCAUCUCUGGUUCGUGCAAAUCAGCAGCAGCAGCAGCAGUUUGUGGUACCCCCUCCCCCUCCCCCCUACCCCUCCUCCGUGGUGCGAGCAGUGACCUCAGUGCCAUCCUAUGUGCCCGCCACCACACACAUCGUGAGUGGGCAGGUGGUGCAGGUGCCGCCACCGCCGCCCCCAUAUCCGUCUUCGGCUGUGCGAAACAACAUUAACAAUAGUAAUAGUGUCCAGAACAACAAGAACAUGAGUCAGGCCAACACUCCCAGCGACCGCCUGGCACAGUGGCAGCACAAAUUGGGGGUGGGAGGCCAUCCCAUCCCACCCUCCACCACCACCACAGCCACUGCCACCACCACAGCCAUCACUACUGGCCAGGCCCAGGUGCCUCCUGCCCCUUCCUCCUCCACCAAGUCCCUCAGUGGCAAGAAUCUCUUGCCCUAUAAUGUUACCGCAAAGUCUAUGGGGAUGAGCGAGGCGGAGAGGAAGCUGGAGGCACUCACGCAGCAGAUAGAGGAGGAGAUGGAGAAGAAGGAGCAGGAGGGAGAAUACUACGGCGUAUGUCACACCUGUGGGGACAAGGUGACAGGUGCUGGCCAGGCGUGUCAGGCCAUGGGCAACCUCUACCACACCAACUGCUUCAUCUGCUGCUCCUGUGGCCGGGCACUGCGAGGCAAGGCCUUCUACAACGUACACGGCAAGGUGUACUGCGAGGAGGACUACCUGUACUCCGGCUUCCAGCAGACGGCAGAGAAGUGUGCCAUCUGUGGCCACCUCAUCAUGGAGAUGAUCCUGCAAGCCAUGGGGAAGUCCUACCACCCUGGGUGCUUCAGGUGCUGCAUCUGCAAUGAGUGUCUGGAUGGUGUGCCCUUCACUGUAGACGUCGACAACAAGAUCUACUGCGUCCACGACUAUCACAGAAUGUUUGCCCCCAAAUGUGCAGCUUGUGGGAAGAGCAUCACCCCUGUUGAGGGGACGGGAGAGACAGUGCGUGUGGUCUCCAUGGACAAAGACUUCCACGUGGAUUGUUAUGUGUGUGAGAAUUGUGGCCUCCAGCUGACAGACGAGCCAGACCAGAGGUGCUACCCGCUGGAGGGCCGCCUGCUGUGCCGCACCUGCCACCUGCACCGCCUCCACGCCAUGGGCCGCACACCCUCCAACAUACAGGAUGUUGGUGCCACGUAUGUUGAGUGAAGAGGAAGGACAGAGGACUGGCUUGCCCAUAACAAACCAGCAACUCGGCAUGGGUUGGCCUCUUAUCGGAAUUUACGUGAAAGACAAAUUACAGAUUAAGCUCUUUGUGAUAAAAAAAAAUCACCUCAUAUCCAUGCAAACAUUACAGUGUCCUUAAAAUCAACAAGAACACACACCAAUUCCUUGAGUCAGUACUUCAUAAGCAUGUUUUGCAAAGUUAGUUGUUUCAUACUUUAUAUCAUUCUGUCUCUCUAAUGAUGAAGAGUGUGUGAGUGUUGUGGUGAGGUCAGUAAAGGGCAGCUGUCGCAGCCACAUCAAGAUCACCAGCAAGAUUAGAAUUAGUUUGGUGAAAUUCCAGUUCUGUUCCUAGUUUUGGUAUGUGUGUGUGUGUAUGCAAGAGUGUGCGAGCAUGUAUGUGUGUUUGUCAAGAGGAAGUUGGUUUAGAGUGUAUAUGUAGUUCUGUAAUUGCUGCAGAAAAUAUAUUUACUUCUUCUAUGUGUGUCUGAAGAGCCAUUGUUCCUGGAAUCAUUUAAGAAACCAUUCAGCAUUUAAUUCACCAUAAUCUCAUGUAUGAUUUUCUUCAUGUGUUGUAAAAUGAUUACUUUUCUUCCAUGUGUAUAAUUGACAAAGCAUAUAUUUUUUUAGGUAAGUACUGGGCAAGCUGACUUGGUGAUGCAUUUAAACUAUCUUGCUUUUUUAUUUUACACACACACACACACACACACACACACACACACACACACACACACACACACACACACACACACACACACACACACACACACACACACACACACACACACACACACACACACACACACACACACACACACACACACACACACACACACACACACACACACACACACACACACACACACACACACCAAAUGUACAUGUGUGUGUAUAUAAUAUAUAUAUAAUUAUGUAUCCUAACUUCUGCACAUGCUUCUUUUUCUAUCAGUUGUCUAUUUCUAUGCAAUUUUCUCAAUAUUGUACAAUUUGUUCAUAAUGAGUUUUGGUUUUAAGUGCAUUUAUGUAUUUAUUGUAUAAUCCAUUCUUUCAAAUCGACUGCUGUGAUAGAGGGAGCAUCUCAGGCUGCCUUAUUCAGACAGAGAACUCUCCCUCAGGCUCUGUGUUGCAUGCCAUGAUGACCUUGGUGACUGUGCAGCCCAGUGGAGGUGGCGGGACUCUGGGGGGUGGGGGCCGUUGGGAGGCUGGGGCAGCGGUGGUGGUGGUGGUGGUGGUGAUGGUGGAACCUGACACUCCCUUUACUUAGGAGUGGCUCAAAUGACCUUGCCAUUUUUGCUUACUUGAUUGUGAGAAUAACUUUGAGUGAAUUGAUGUUAUAAAGCCGUUGUUUACUACUGCGCACUCAUGGUUUAUUUAGCAAACUGCCAUUUGUGAUAUCUCACUUAUUUUUUGAGUUAAAUUUAUUUUGUCUAGAGGAAUGAAAAUAGAAUAUUUUCACAGGAGGGGGUGUGUGUGUGUGUGUGUGUGUGUGUGUGUGUGUGUGUGUGUGUGUGUGUGUGUGUGUGUGUGUGUGUGUGUGUGUGUGUGUGUGUGUGUGUGUGUGUGUGUGUGUGUCAGGAGAAUCAAUAAUAAAAAUAAUACAAAUGUGAAAGAUCUGGCAAGUCUGAUAAUGGAGAAUGGAUAAAUGAUAAAGUGGAGGUAAUUAAUUGGACAGGGAUUUGUGAAAUGAUAUCACCUGGAGAGAUGAGAUGACAAGGAAGACUCAAGAACAUGUAGAUGCAGGCUGGGAGGCUGAAAUGAGAGGCCUUGGUGAAUAUUAUGUGAGAAGAGAAGGGGAGAGGAGAGGAGUGUGGACAGCAGUAAAUGGAGACUUCUACUUUGGCCUGCUCUAACUUUAAAGGAUUUUCAGGGAUCAGGGAAUAUGCAUACACACUAUAUAAAUAAAAAGAAAAACUGAAGACUCAACAAGAAUUUUAAUAUUGUUGAGUGUCACAUCCAAAUCCAGAGUGCAGGCCACAAGCAUCCUUUACUUCAACUCCCAGGCUCAGGUUCUGAGUGUUGUGUGGCUGAGUGUGGCACCAAACAUGCAUCCUUUGAGAUGGAUUGGCUGUGACUACCUGACACUGGCUGAGGGUGUGUGACUUGCUAGAAAGGGAUGAUUCAUUUAGGAUGAUUCAUUUAUUAAGUGAUUGCUAUUUGACAUUAAAAAUAUAGCUUUUGUGAAUUUGUCUUUGGUGCUGGAAGUGAGCUCAAUGAAGGAGUCUGCCUGUGGUGUGGCUCCUGACACAAGUAGGUUCAUUAAGCUUCGUGCGUGACUGGAUGUCAACAAUACUCAUCCCAAAUGUGAUUUUUUUUUUGAGAAAACAAAUGAUAUAUGCAAUAAGAUUCAAGUAGUUCUCUUCUAAACAGUAAACCAUUUCUCAUACUAGCAGGAUGACUCUAAAGAAAACAUUUGAAGAAGGCUUAGAAUACACAAUUCCCAAAAACCCUAAUGUCUUGUCCAUUACAUGAGUGACUACACUGUUCACUGUAGUGUUGGUAUCAGCACAUUCAUACUUCACACUCACACAUCCUGAAAAAUCUUAUAGUUUUUGGCAAGUUUUAUUCAUUUAUUUGUCUGAUGUUAGGAAAUAUUUUAAAUGUGGGGGAAAAUUAAAAUCACAUGUGUAGGAAGUGUAUACAUACAUUUUCACUGCUACACACAAUUUAUUUUUUUGUUACCUCCACAAAAUGCCUUUUCAUAAUCUUAUCGAGGUAUGGAAAGUUUGCUGCUUAUUCUAGUUUUUCACCAUUAAAAAUUACAUCAAAACUACUUAGCUCUCCACUCUUAGCUCAUCUCAUUGCUUCUCUGUUUUAUUCCUGCUUCCAUUCCUCCUUUCGUCACAUGUAUAUUCAAAAUCUAAUUAGGUAGCUUCUCUUACUAUUUGGUCUAUCUAUGAAAAUGACAACAUGACACAACCCAAUCUAUGAAUAACCACCGCAGUCCCUUCUCGACUACACACUUUCACUUUUUACUUUCCUUGUAGAAGCUUUACACAGCUCUCGGUAGUUUUACACACACCCGUAAACCUGUAAUACCUGCCUCAUUGCAUUCCAAGUGUAAAGUUUUUCUUAGAAUACUAGUGUUAAAUGAUCUGUGUUUUGAAAUCAGGUUCUGUUUGCAUUGAGAGAACUGAGCUCAUAAUAAUGUAUAUUGUGGUGAUAUACUGUUGCAUGUUCAAGUAAUUUUAAAGAUACUUGAACUGAAAUGAGAAGAAUAUUGUAUAAAAGCAGUCUUUGCAUUUCACUUUCAGUUCUCUGAUAGGUCAUGUACUGCUCUGUGCAUCCUUAACCCAUUACAAAGGAGUUGGUAAGGGAAGGUGCAGCAGAGAGUGAUUGUGUUAAUUCUUAUCAUCAUAGAGUUUGCUUGUGCUGUGCUCUGUUGGUGCAUGUGUACCUUCCUUGCCUCAAUGUUGACUACAUUCCAGUACUGUAAUGAUGGUGCCAGCUGGAGGUGUUUUGAUUCCCACAGGGGGUUAAAAAGAUAAUCCACUGGUGUCAUAAAGCCAAGACAAGCCCCACCAUCAAGCCACAUUCCCACCACUUAGCCCAUACCAUGCAGAAAUUCCAGAAGAAAACUGCUGUACAAGCAGAUGUCAAGGACAUCAUGUGGAGACACAAAGAGUGUGCCAGGCCUGAGGGCAGGGACACGGCCACAGCCCAGGCCCUAGCUCCCUUAGACUGAUUCUAGGGCAUUUCUUUUGUAUCUCAGGAGUUUCUGCAAAUGAAGUCGGUUUUAAAUGUGGAUCAAUAGGCUAUAUUAGUCAAAGAGUUUUGUAAAACACACACACACACACAAAACACACACACAACACACACACACACACACACACACACACACCACAAAUGGAAAAGUUUAGUGCUUAUUGUCUUCUAUAAGAUUACAUACUGAUGUAUGUUGGUCUUUCAUAUUGAUGUAUAGUUGUGUACAGUGUGGCUUCAGUUUGAGAACUUGUGUAUGUAAGUGGAAGUGUCAGUGCACAGAUGCUUCAUCUGGGUAGAGUUGUGCAGGUUUUAUACCAUACUUUGAGGUGACAAAGUUCCCAGACACUGAGGUGACUCACAUACGGGCUGCACCAUGUUGUGGAGCAUAGCAGCUGACUCCUUUGUCUUUGAUGUUACGCCCGGCCUGCUGUGACAGGCAAUUUGUUCAUUAUCAAAGCUUUUCUACUUAAAAGUACAUUAAAUUGGUAAUUUUAGCAGCUACUCACCUAGUUGUCUAUAUGGUGCCUGGCGUGCUGAGUGUGGUGUAGUGGCAGGGCUGCCUUCCACUGGCCGGAAUCAAUAGUUUUCUGUGAUAGGUUACUGUGGUUGUGGAAAAAAAAAAAAAAGAAUAGUUAAAUUAAUGUGCGUGUGAAGGUUAACACUUGCAGGUCGACUGUCACUACACCACGUGCGGCACGCCAGGCAGCUUGUGAUACUUGGAUACUUGAACACACACACACACACACACGUACACACACACAUACACUUGCGAAAAAAAUAAUGUGCUACAAUCUUAGGCUGGCCAUUAUGUAAAUAAUUGAUACUAUAAAUCAUUUUAAUAAAUAAUGGAAAAUCA